AUGAAACCUAAACACAAGUUACGAAUUGGUGCUUGGAAUGUAAGAACUAUGUACCAAUGUGGGAAAAGUAGACAGGUAUCAAUGGAAAUGGAUAGAUACCAAUUGGAUAUCUUGGGAAUAUCAGAACUUAGAUGGACAGGUUUUGGCAAGAUUAAAACUGGAAGUGAACAAAUCAUUUUGUACUCAGGAGCUGAAGAAAAGCACGAAAGAGGCGUGGCGCUAAUCAUUAAUAAAGAAACAGCGAAGAGUCUUUUGGAAUGGGAACCAAUCAGUGAAAGAAUUUUAAGAGCACGAUUUUAUUCAAAAUAUAUUAAACUAUCAAUUAUUCAAGUGUAUGCACCAACGAAUGAUGCUGAUGAGGAGGAAAAGGAGACAUUUUAUGAUCAACUACAAUGUGUUUUAAAUCGAGUUCCAAAACAUGACAUGAUAAUUCUUAUGGGAGACCUUAAUGCUAAGGUUGGAAAACGGAUUAGUGAUGAUGAAACCUCCAUGGGAAACGAAUCACCGGGUGAGAGGAACGAAAAUGGAGAACUGUUUGUUUCCCUGUGCGAACUAAAUAGUUUAAACAUAGGUGGGAGUAGAUUCAAGCAUAGAGAGAUACAUAAAUGUACAUGGACCUCACCAGACGGAAGAACAAAGAAUCAAAUAGAUCAUAUUGCAAUUAAUAACAAGUUCAGGAGCUCACUAAGAGACGUAAGAGCGAUGAGAGGUGCCGACGUUGGAUCAGAUCACUACUUGAUUCUUGCAAUAUUAAAACUAAAAUUAAGAAAAUCACCAAAGAAGACGGGACAUAAAAGAAUAAGCUAUGACAUUGCUAAGUUAAAAGCCAAAGAGUGCAGACAAGAAUUUUCAAUCGAGUUGAAAAACAGAUUUGAGCUGUUAAAGGAAGAAGAAAAUCAUGGCAACACUAAGCAAUCAGAAAAUGAGGUAAAAGAAAAAGUUGAAGAGACUUGGGAACAUAUCAAAAACAUUUAUUGCGACGUAGCAGAAAAAGUGUUGGGUAAAAAGAAAGGAAAGAAAAGCAAAGAAUGGAUUACGGGUGAAACAUUAAUACUAAUUGAAAGCAGAAGGAAAAAGAAAAUACAGAUGGAAACUACAAAGUCUGAAAGAUUAUUUAAUCGUUGGCGCCGAUGGUACCCGUACGCAACUCUCAUCCACCGAGAGACAGAAUCCGAGACGCUGUGCACCAUGUCAGAUCGUUUGGAAAAAGCCAUGGAAAAUCAAGAUCCCGUCAUCAUUAUACGCUCGUUUCAUCUGGCAGAACUUCAAAAAAUGUGGUGGAACGCUGGAAUUAUGAUAAUAAAUGCUGCCAGUACGUUGUCUCUAAGUUCGUUAGUUCUAAGCUCUCAUAGAAAAGAUAGUUUUCCUCGAGCGUUGGCUAUCGGCGGUCUAGCUCUGCAUCUGAUGCAUGCCUUCAUGUGGAAAACAGAUAGAUCAGCCAACUAUGGAAUUCAGCCGAAAAACAAGUUUACGAACGGACAUCAGACGGUUGCAGAGACUUUAGAAGUAGUGCUAGUCAGGAAACCUCAAACCGGAUCUUAUUUCUUGAGAACAGCGCUGACGCUGUGUGCGGUGGGAGUUGUAGCAUAUUUUUACUAUGAUAACAAUUUUGACCCAAUUGAAUCCAAUUAA